AUGAAAGAAAAUAUAAAUUACACAAACCAUAAUCAGAAUAAGUUUUGCAACGCGUUGUCUAACUUGAAAAAAUACUGUUGUAAUACAAGUGAUACUAAUUCAUUAGUUUUUAGUGAUAAUUCCAUUAUAUUAAAUAAUAUUCGAAAUUAUAAAAAUGAAACUAGUAUUAAACAUGAAAAUAAUAUAAAUAGUGGAUACCAUCGAAAUGAUACAUUAUCUAAAGGAAGCUCGAAUAAUAAUAGCAUUAGUAAUACUUAUGGCAAUUAUAUAGACAAUAAUGCAUUUCCUUCAUUAGAUAAAAAUUAUAAUGAAAAAAAUAUAAAUGUAAAUAGUGAGAUUUAUAUGCAUGGAACUGAUAGAUUACCACAUUUUUAUGAAAAUUUUGACUAUGAUAAUGCAAAAGAUAAAUAUAUUUUUCAGGAUGUUUCACAUGUAAAUAUAGGUAAUACACCACAAGGAGAAAUUUUAACAGAAGAGAACACUAAGGGCAUAAUAAUUAAUGAACGAAGCAUCAAUAAAAACAUAAAUUACACACCACACAAAAAUAAUAUUAUAAAAUAUGAAAUAUAUAGAAACGGAAAUAAGCUUAACUAUAAAAAUGAUUUGGGUGAAGGUAACAAUUAUAAGCCCCCAGAAAAAAUAUAUGCAAGUAUGAAAGGUGACAAUAUUGUAUAUAAGAAUGGAUAUAUAAAUAAUCAGGAGAUGUAUAUUUAUGGCAAUCCUAAUUUUGAAAAUAAUCAAGUACAUUUUCAACCAAUAAAAUUGAAUCAUAAUACAUCAAUUUCCAAUACGUGCAAUGAUAAUAAGGAGCAUAAAGUGAUAGAUCCUUUAAUAGAUCAUUUAUAUUUUGAUAUAAAAAGUAAAGUUAAUGAAAAAAAAAACGAAAAAUCCGAAGGGAUAGAAGAAAGAUUAAGCAAAUAUAAUAGAUCAUCCAAUACUAUUAACGAGUCAAUUAUUAUUCCUACAAAUAUGGAACCCCAAAAAUUCUCUAAUAGUGUACCUUAUUUAUUGGAUUUAAACGAAAAAUCUAAACCGAAAUUUGUGAACAAUUCCAAUCAAACUACUAAUAAAAGAAAGAAAUAUCGAUUUAAAAAAAAAUUUGCAACUUUACUAAAAAACGCAAAGAAAGAUAUAAAAGUUAGACCAAAAAAAGGAAAAAGAAAAAGUCGUAAGUUGAGAUUAAGAAGCUCUAAUAAGAAGAAAAAAUAUACAUUUAAAAAAGAAAAGAAAACAAGACAAAUUAGGAAUUCGAAUAAUAUUAAGAGGAAAAGUCAUACUAGAAAAUUUAAAAUUAGUACUAAUAUCGGUAGAUCAAGGAAAAAAAUUAAUAUCCGAUCAAAACGUAUAUUAGGACAUGAAAGAAAGAAUAAGCACCUAAAAAAAAGACGGAUUAGAUUUAGAGGAAAAAUAAUGCCACAUGUAGAGAAUAACAAAAUAAUAAAUGCUAUGGUAAUUAAGAAUAGAAAAAACCGUGAUAAAUCUCGACACAAUAGAAUCAAUAUAGAAAAAAAAAAUAAAAUAAAUAAUAUAUAUAAUGAAAAAGGCAUUACGCAUUCGAAUUUUAACAAAAAACAUAAUCCAAAAAAUAGCAUGAAUUAUAUAAAAAAAAAGAAAAAUAUUAUUUAUGAUGAAAAAAUUAAUAAAGAUAAAUAUUUAAAACCGAUAAGACAUUUAGGAAAUGAAAAAAAUGAAACCUAUUCAGAACGGAAACUUAUUAAUAAAAAAGAUAUUAGCGAGCUUCACGAAGAAAAUAAAUCAAAAACUGUGAAUAACCCAUCUAUUAAUAAUACAAUUAUUCAAUGUAGUGAUAAUUGUUCUGUUAAUAAUAAUAAGGAUACCUCAAAAUUAAGCCCUAAAACUUCCACUCUAUCAUCUGAGGUGUGUACAGUAAAAAGGGGUGACUUGAAAUAUUUAAAAGAUGGUAAACAUACUGAUAUCACAGAUAACGAUGAAAAUAAUUAUAAAAAACAAAAUUGUUAUGAUCUAAAAUUGGAAAACAAGCACGAUACUAUUGUAAUGCAUGAUAGUAAAAAUGGCAACAUAGAUAGCAAUGCCGCAUCCUCAAAUAAUUUACAGGAGUAUGAUGAAAAAAAUAUAUUUUUUGAAUUACUGAAUAUUCUAGUAAUAAAAUUAAUUAAAAAAAAUUUCAAAAGCCCAUUUAAUAAUACCUUUUCCAUAAGCAAUGAAAAUAUCCAAGGAUUGUUAUUUGAAGGGUCUGAUAAAAAUGAUAACGAUGCAACAUUAAAUUUUCUAAAAAGGAUUAAUGCAACAUUGAGUAUUGAGAAUAUGGAAGGGAAUGGAUUUAGAAUGGAGGAAGAAAAAGAUAAAAUGGAAAAAAUAAAUGCAAAUAUGAUCAGCAGAGCAAAUAAAAACCGAGUUAAAUAUAACCAAUUGGGGCAUUUUUCUGGCGAUAUGGAAAAAAUAGAUAAUGAUAUGGCAGAUCAUGAUAAUUAUUUUUUUCCAAUAAAAAGGAAAAUUAAUAUGAGAAGAAGUAAAAGCAAUGAUUCAUUUUUUGACAGUAAACUUAUAACAGAAAAAGAGACACGCAUAAAAUUGGUUAGCACAUUUUUAAAAAGUGAUUCUCCUAUGAAAUAUAAAAUUUGCAAGGAAACAAAUGGGAAUAAGUUAUUUAAAUCGAGCAUAAUACAACAGCGUUCAAUUUUUCAGAAAGAAGAAACCUCUGAAAAUAAAAUAAUUUAUGUUUUAAAUUCUAUAAUUUUUUACUCAAAUAAAUUAAAAAAUAUGCUAAAUAUUUCUAUUAAAAAAGGAAGAUAUCCCAAUAGACAUGCAUUAAAAAUAAAAAUUUUUAUUCUUAGUUUAAUAUUUUUAAUUAAAAAGGUUAAAGAGGAUUGCUUUUUUUAUGAUUCUUUUUAUUUGAAACAAGUUAUAAUUUUAAUAAAAGAAAUUAUUGAAAAUCUUAAGCCAAUGAUAUUGAAUCUUACAAAUAAAACCGAAGUUACGAAAUUUGAGUCUGUUAUUAUAAAAAUAUAUUUUAUAGAAUUAUGUAAAAUGUCUAGUCUGUUAUAUUCUCUAGAUAGUAUAACUACAUCGAAUGUAAAUUGUUUAUAUUCUUCAUUAUCAUCGAAGGAUAUUAGAUCAUUUUCUUCAAAACUAGAUAAUUUGAUAAAAUCAUCUGAAAAUAUAAAAUAUGAGACCACCAAUGAAACUAGUGAUACAAUAUGUACUAAUGAUGACGCAAAGGAAAAGAAAACAAAUUGUCAAGUCAUGAAUGAUGAAGAACAUCAUAAAAAUAUUACUAAUAAUAAUUACAGUAACGAUAAUAAUGUUUUAUUUAAAAAAAAAAAGUGUAUAUAUAGUUAUAAAAAAGAAUCACCAGAUACUAAAUAUUAUAAAAAGCAUAGCAAAGUAAAUAAUUAUAAUGGUUAUUAUUAUUUAAUAAAAAGGUUAAAGGUUGAUUUAAAAGGGUUAGUAAGGAGUGGGUUAGAUAAUCUUUAUAACAUUCGAUUAAUUUUACAAUAUUUAGACAGACUAAGUUAUAUUUAUAAACCUUUAAAUAAUUUAGAAGGUCAUAUAAAUAGUAAUAAUAAGAUUGAUAAAAUAAUAAAAAAUAUUAACGUACAAAAAUGUUUAUUCUUUGAAAAUAAUAAAGAAACAAUUUUAAAUGAAGAAAUAACAAGAUAUAUAAAAAGUGUUAUGAAAAGGUUAACAAAUUUGACUAAUCAUUUGAGCGAGAUAUCGAAUGUUGGAAAACUCGAAAAUAAUUUUAUGUCUAAGUCAACUAGUAGUGCAAUCGAUGUAACAAAAUAUGAUAAUAGUAUGGGAAAAAAUAUAUUUUUUUUUAAAAAAAAAAAUUCUCUAAUCGAAAAAAAUGAUAAAUAUAGCUACAUAGACGAAACAGAAGAAUUCGAUAAAAUCAAUGUUCAUUUAAAUAGUAUUAUUAAUUUGAAAAAUAAGAAUGUAGGGACAUUACAGGAUUAUAAUAAACAUUUUAUUGUUAUGAAAAAAUAUAAUCAAGAAUUAUCUUUAUUAAAUGAAUUACAAAGAAACGAUAAACUUCUAAUUAGUGAUCCUAUUGAUAGCAUAAAUAUUUCUGACUUUUCGAGCCUUUUAAAAUAUUAUGUGAAUACAAAUAGAUGUAAUAAAAAAUAUAUGGACAAAAAUAAAAAUGAUGGUUUACCAAAAUAUUUGAGAGAGUUAUAUAUGCAAGAUCACCAUUCUUUGUUAAAUUUUAAAAAUAAUAUAUUUGACAGUAUUCCCGAAAAUAUAUAUUCUAUGGAUUGGAAUCCAAAAAAUUCAAUUCAUGAAAAUGCUAACAAUACUAGCAAAUUAAAAAAGGAUACUUUCGAUAUGAAUAAAUAUAAGACAACUUUGAUGCAGAGAAAAACUAAAUUGAAAUCGUUUUCAGCAGAAUCAAUCGAGUUCAACAAAAAAAGAAAUCAUGCCAUCAAAUAUUUUAAAAUGUAUUAA